AUGCAUACUAAAUGCGUGAUUGAAGAUAACGAUGAGGUUGACAUACAACCCAAUAAGACAUAUUUAACACUGGCUAAUGAGAUUGGUGGAUCGUCGAACCUGAGUUUCUUAGAAAAGGAAGUGAGGAAUUAUAUUACAUCCAAACUCCGGUCUAUUGGUGUCAAUGCGGAUGUUAAAGAGAUGUUAAAUUACUUUAUACGAAUGAAAGAGAUCAAUCCAAACUUCUUUUAUGCAAUAAAUAUUGACGAUGAUUACAAGUUUAGGAGUGUACUUUGGGUAGAUGCAAGGUGCAGGGCAUCGUAUAAAUAUUAUGGAGACGUGGUGUUGUUUGAUACCACAUAUAGUACAAACAAGCAUGGAUUAUCGUUCGUAUCUUUUGUCGGUGUCAAUCACCAUGGAAAGUACACUCUUCUUGGUUGUGCUCUACUAGGAAACGAGAACAUUCAUAAUUUUGAGUGGGUGUUCAUGCAAUGGGUGAAAUGCAUGGGAAUUGUGCCACAGGGAAUCAUCACUCGCGACCAAUGCAAGGCCAUGUUUAGUACAAUUAGGAAGGUCCUACCCCAUACACGCCACCGAUGGUGCAUCUGGCACAUAUUGAAAAAGAUAUCGCAAAAGCUCAGAGGUUAUGCUCAGUUCAAAGAGUUGAAUGCUAAAUUGAGUGACAUUGUAUGGAAUUCUCAUUCGGUUGAGUCAUUCAAAGAUGAUUGGACUGAAUUCAUAAAUGAGUGCAACCUAGAUCACAACACAUGGCUAUCAGAACUUUACAACAACCGACAGAUGUGGGUUCCAAUCUUUUUUAAGGGUGAAUUUUGGGCUGCUAUGAAAAGUAUGCAAAAGAGUGAGAGUAUGCACGCAUUCUACGGAAAAUUCUUAUAUAGCAAGACUAGCUUGAUUCAGUUCAUCUAUGAGUACGACAAUGUACUUAGGAACAAAGAGUAG